UCCGCUCUCCGCCCAUCGCGGCAUCGGCGCAGCGACGCGCCGCGCGCAGCGUGGACUUGGAGAUGUCUUGGCAGCGUUACGCACGACGCCACGAUAAGCGCGUGAGUCUCGUCCAGACGCGCGGGGCACCUCCGACUUAGACUGGACCGUCAACUUUUCAUUCGGACCAACGGCCUCUUCCGAGCUCCUUCGUUUCUCGCCACCGGAUGAGACUCGCGUUUCUCCCUCCUCGCGGCGGCAGCGGUGGAUCUCGAUGAGCUCUCCUUUAAUCCCGGGGUCACGGUGACUACGGAGGAAUGGAAACGAUGUGAGCAGCUGGUGGGGGAUACAAACUUUACAGAGCAACAGUCUUUUAGAGAUCACACGCGGAGAGCAUGAUCCCGCCGGCCAACAGGAUCCAGGACGAAAGUGGGGGCAAAGAGGACGAACAGGACCAGAAUGAGACUCCAAAGUCCCCGACGGCGAGCGCGAGCCACCAGGAAACCAAGAGCGCAGUGAGGCCUGAACAUCACAAGCGCAAGCUGCAGCGGCUCAAGCGCUCCCUGUCCUUCAAGACCAAGAGCAUCCGCAGCAAGAGCGCCGACAACUUCUUCCGCUCCGGCGGCGACACCAAGACGGAGCUGCUGUCGGACGUGAGCAGCAGCACGGGCCACCUGUGCACCGUGGGCAUGGCGCCGCCGCACGCCUCCGGCCUGCCCAUCCCCCCCGUGCCCCCCGCCAUCCCCAGCGCGCCGCCGCCCACCUCGCGCGCGCAGUCGCGCAACCCGCUGCAGGUGGACGCGGCGGGACACUGCUUCAUGGAGCACAUCUUCAAGAAGCCCACGUUCUGCGACGUCUGCAACCACAUGAUCGUAGGUACGACGGCCAAGCACGUGGUGUUCCUGGCGGGGAACACGGCCAAGCACGGCCUGCGCUGCAAAGCCUGCAAGAUGAGCCUGCACCACAAAUGCGAGAACGGCGUGGGACAGCAGCGCUGCAUGGGCAAGCUGCCAAAAGGCUUCCGCCGGUACUACAGCUCCCCGUUGCUGAUCCAGGAACAGUACGGCUGCAUUAAAGAAGUCAUGCCCAUCGCCUGUGGUAAUAAAGUGGACCCUGUGUAUGAGGCCUUGAGGUUCGGGACGUCUCUGGCACAGAAGGCCAAACGGGCCAGCGGUUCUGAGUCUCCGCACAGGAACUCGACCAGUGACUUGGAUAAGGUUCCAGAGGAAGCGGGGGCUCACAGCAGUAGGCAGGAGCUGUCGAGAAAGCACAGUGAUGACGUUUUCACAGUCGUUGCAAAUGGGACAGAGCUUUACCAGCAGCCUGAUAUGCAGUCGGAGCAGCAGCGGCUGCAGGGAGACGUCCUCAAGCUGAACACCUACGUGGCCUUGUUCGACUUCACCGCCCAGGAGAGCACGGACCUGGAGAUGAGAGCGGGAGACAGGAUCUUAUUGGCCGACGACUCCAACGAAGACUGGUGGAAGGGAGUGAUUGAGGACAGGAUGGGCUUCUUCCCAGCAGCCUUUGCUCAUCAGGUGCAGGCCGGAGACCAGGUGUUCAGGUGUAACCGCACGUUCAUCGGCUGUAAGGAGCAAGGCCAGAUCACGCUGAAGGAGGGACAGAUUUGCGUGAGCAGCGAGGACGAAUGCAGCGGCUUCAUCUGCGUGGCGAGUGGGAAGAAGAGGGGCUUCGUGCCCGGCGACGUCCUGGAAGUCAUCUGAGAGAAGCACCCGGAGCAUCCGAGAGGGCGAGAGAGGGAGCGCGGGGCGUGCGAGGAGGAAACGGACGCUACGGGGACGGAGGCCGCACUGCGACGCCUGCAGCGACUCCUUGACGCCGCGGCGACCGAUCGCUCACGAUGAGAAUCACGGCAUUGGAUCCAUUAAGAAACGUUCCCUUUACUGUUUUUAUUCUGCUACAAGAGAGUUAUUUUCUUAAAGUGGAGCUGCUCGGUGACUUUUACAAGAAGGACACGAACACGCAGUGAUUAUUUUUCCAGGUUUCUUUACAUUACUUUUUCAUGCUCUUACAUUAUGUUACAAGCAAAACAUUAGCUUUCAAUACACACUUGUCGAAACUAGGCUCUAAUGUCGAUGGCGAAACCUUAUCCAACCUCCGAAUUCCCUCAACAUAUGCUAAAAGAACUUAACGUCUGUCCCCUGGUGUACAAUUAUGUCCUACUAAACCAAAAAACGGCUCCUGUUGUUUCUGCUGCAGCAGGUGAGAAACUACAAAGCAGACAACGAGCUGUGGGGGAGUUUUUUUCAGAGAACUCUCUCCGGUCUUCCAAAAUAUCCCCCUCAUACUGCGCAGAUUCAGCAUCUUUUACUUCCUGACUCUAGACGGUGGGCUGUUCUCAUUAAAACUAUACACAGGAAGAAAUGGAAGAUGUGAUUUCUGCUCGACGUCUCAUUUAACUCAUUUACUAAUUGAUCAUUUACGUGGGUUUCAUCAGAAUCGCUUUCGUUGCUAAACCUAAAGGAGGAAGUGAUGGUGCUGCUGCAGGCUGAUCAGAGCCGAGGGUGUGUGCGAGUGUGAGUUUAAUGAUUUGAAGACUUUAACGCGUGGUUUCUCUCUUUCGCAGCACAAAGUGGACUCUGGUUACAGGAAAAGCGUUUAUGGUUAAGGUGUUGCCUCAUAGUAGAUAUAGUAUAUCGAAGAUAUAAGAUUGUUCUGCACUGAACCUUGGCUUUAUUUAAAUGCUAUGUUGUACAUAAUGUACAUAAAUAAAAUCCCUUCUUUAUCACAA